GCCCAUUGUUGCGCAGGGGACAGUGAUCGACAGCGCACUCGUGCUCUCCUCCUGGUCAGUGGCGCAGUUGUCAGUGGCGUCGCAUCGUCAACAUGUCGAUUUUCACUCCAACAAACCAGAUCCGCCUCACCAACGUGGCGGUGGUGCGGAUGAAGAAAGGGGGGAAGCGCUUCGAGAUCGCCUGUUACAAGAACAAAGUGCUGAGCUGGAGAUCCGGAGCGGAGAAGGACCUGGACGAGGUGCUGCAGACUCAGUCCGUCUUCGUCAACGUGUCCAAGGGUCAAGUGGCGAAGAAGGAGGAUCUGACCAAAGCCUUUGAGACGGACGACCUGACAGAGAUAUGCAAACAGAUCUUGGCCAAAGGAGAGCUCCAGGUGUCGGACAAGGAGCGGCACAGUCAGCUGGAGACCAUGUUCCGGGACAUCGCGACGAUAGUGGCGGAGAAGUGUGUCAACCCAGAGACCAAGAGGCCCUACACAGUCAACCUGAUCGAGCGGGCGAUGAAGGACAUCCACUACUCGGUCAAGCCCAAUAAGAGCACGAAGCAGCAGGCUCUGGAGGUGAUCCGGCAGCUGAAGGAGACCAUGGAGAUCCAGAGAGCCCACAUGAGGCUGCGGCUGGUGCUGCCGGCCAAAGAGGCCAAGAGGCUGAAGGAGAAGCUGAAGCCGCUCCUGCAGGUGGUGGAGAGUGAAGACUUCGACGAGCAGCUGGAGAUGGUGUGUCUGGUGGACCCCGGCUGCUACCGGGAGAUGGACGAGCUGAUCCGCUGUGAGACCCGAGGCCGCGGCUCCCUGGAGGUUCUCAGUCUGAAGGACGUGGAGGAGGGAGACGAGAAGCUAUAGGAAACCAACCAGUCUGGACUCUGCACCUUAUCCACACUAACUCCACUGCAGCACACGAGCUCAAUAAAGAGAAUAUAUAUAUAUAUAUAUAUAUAUAUGAUCAGAUCAGACAUUUUUAUUUCCCAGCUUCUUGUGUGAAUAAUUAAUUUGACUGAAAGUGUUUUCUUUCGUUUGCAUUUCCUCUGGGAAGUAUUUUGAAAAUGUAUAAAUUGCAGGUGAGUAAAAAAGCAUGUUUGCCUGCAUUGAAUUAUUAUUAUUAUAUUUUCCCUUAUGUCUACAACAUUAUUGUAGCUGCCUUGCAUCAGACUUUGCGUGCCAUGUAGACAUGCUCAUAUACCGUAUGGAUAAUUAACUAAAUAAUAUUUUGUCAUAAAAAAUGAGUUUGCUCUGUCACAAAUAAAUAUUUAACAAAAAUA